AUGGCGCCGACCCUCUACCCCCGCGGCACCGUCAAGAAGAUCGUCAAGGCGCAUUCCAACAGGCCUUUGAGCAAGAACGUGGAUAUACUGAUAUACCUGAACUAUGUGCUGUUUAUGCAAGAACUCAUCAACGAAGCGAGCAUCAAGAGCAAACAACGCGGCGAGCGGGGCUUGUCUGCCAAGAGUGUCAAGAGGGUUAGCGAGGAUGUGCUGAGGAAGUACAAGGGUUGA